AUGCAAGAGGAUAUGAUUGGAAACAGGCAAAAGCUAUCCAACGACGUGCGUGACUUCGCGUGUUACAAGAUUGUCCCUGGAAACAUGACUGCAUCGUGCAUCAAUUUCUUGGACCUCUACUUGCCAACUGUCAUUCAAAUGACCAUUGAACAAGUCACUGCCGAAGGUGUUUGUGAGGCGAAUAAGUGCUGUCCAAAGGAUUCUGGUUAG